AUGGAGGCUCGUCCGGUUCAGAGAACAGGUUCUAGAGAGCUCAGUAACCUCGUUCGCACUUCUUCGAUUCCAUCUACACCAAACACUUCAGCAGCGGAAGGUCAAUUGAUGUCGAGGCCGCUAGGACAAACCUACCAUUUGCUUUCCUCUAGUAACGGUGGAGCAGUCGGACAUAUAUGUUCUUCGUCAUCAUCGGGAUUCUCAACCAAUCUCCAUUACUCAUCUAUGGUUUCUCAUGAGAAACACUACUCGGGAAGCAGCAGUAACGCUGUUUCAAGCAACGAUAGUUCUUGGUGCCAUGAUUCAUUACCGGGAGGGUUUCUUGAUUUUCCUGAAAACCACCCGGCCGGCAUUCAGAACAACAGCCAAAUCGAGGAGGGUGGCAUCACUGAGGCGUUUGAUGACAUUCAAAAACGAAGUGACUGGCAAGAAUGGGCUGAUCACUUGAUCACCGAUGAAGAUCCUUUACUAUCUACUAACUGGAAUGAUCUCUUGCUUGAAACCAGUUCCAAUUCAGAUUCAAAGGAGAAAUCACUGCAAAUCACACAACCCCAGAUUGCUCAGCAGCAACCUUCUCCGUCUGUGUCUGUGGAAUUGCGACCUGUCAGCACAACAUCUUCAAACAGUAAUAACGGAACAGGCAAAGCACGUAUGCGUUGGACGCCAGAGCUUCACGAGGCUUUUGUUGAGGCUGUCAACAGUCUUGGUGGCAGUGAAAGAGCUACUCCUAAAGGUGUGCUAAAGAUUAUGAAAGUUGAAGGUUUGACUAUAUAUCAUGUCAAAAGCCAUUUGCAGAAAUAUAGGACGGCUAGAUAUAGGCCAGAACCAUCAGAAUGUGGUUCGCCAGAGAGGAAGUUGACACCUCUUGAACAUAUAACAUCUCUUGAUUUGAAAGGUGGGAUAGGUAUUACAGAGGCUCUGCGACUUCAGAUGGAAGUACAGAAGCAACUCCAUGAGCAGCUCGAGAUUCAAAGGAACCUGCAGCUCCGGAUAGAAGAACAAGGAAAGUACCUGCAAAUGAUGUUCGAGAAACAAAACUCGGGUCUUGCCAUAGGGACAACCUCAACAUCAGAUUCCGCAGCCAAAUCAGAACAAGAAGACAAGAAAGCUGCUGAUUCAAAGGAGCUCGCAGCAGAAGAAACUAGGAAAUGCCAGGAGGAGCCAGAAUCUCCGCAGCCAAAACGCCCCAAAACCGACAAUUGA